AACCCAGAGGAGACAUCCCCUUUAUGCUCUUUUCUUCGUAUCAUCAAUAAAUUAUAAAAUUCCCCAUUUUUUCAAUUUUCUAGGGUUUUACAUAUUUGUACCUCCUACAAUUCAAUACCUUUUAAAAGAAAGAAAUCGAAAUUCACUGUCUGGGUUUCAAAUUCAAGGUAUAUAGAUUUCAAUUCUGCAAAAAAGGAAAGAAAUUUACGCGUUUACACCUCAGAUCUUUAGGGUUUCUGUUAUAUAAUCUGCAUUUUCUUACUGUUGUUUCUCAUCAGGAGCUUAAAGAAAAAUAUUGGGUUUUGAAUUUGAAGUAAGAAAAGUGUAAUGGAGAAAGAAAAAUCUCAAAACUCACAAAUUCACGGUGGCGGUGGCGGUGGCGGUGGUGGUGGGGGCUUACCACCUCCGUCAAUGAAUCGUUACACUGCAUUCCCUUCAUCUUCUUCUGCUGCAACACCAUCUUCAGUUUCAGCUGCCCCAUUACAACAAACAGCUGAAUUGGGUCAUCACAAUCACAAUUUUAGUAAUGAUAUAAGUGGAAUGUCAGAUUUACCAAGAAAAAAUCUAGGGCAUAGAAGAGCACAUUCAGAGAUUCUAAGUUUACCAGAUGAUAUAAGUUUUGAUAGUGAAUUAGGUGUUGUUGGUGGUUCUGGUAAUGAUGGGUGUCCUUCAGAUGAAACUGAAGAUGAUUUUUUUUCAAUGUAUCUUGAUAUUGAUAAAUUUAAUUCAGCACCAUCAAAUGAGAAUGGUAAUGGUGGUAGUAAUGUUGGACAAAGUUCAAUGUCGAAUUCUGAGAGUUUAGUGAUUGGUGGUGGUGGUUCGAGUGAGAGACCGAUGAGAGGUAGACAUCAACAUAGUGUUUCGAUGGAUGGUUCUUCAACUUUUAUUAAACCCGAAUUGUUAAUGGGGAGUGGUUCUGAAAGUGGUGGUCCUCUUUCGAACGAAGCUAAGAAAGCUCUUUCUGCUGCUAAGCUUUCUGAGCUUGCACUUGUUGAUCCAAAGCGAGCCAAGAGGAUUUGGGCGAAUAGGCAAUCAGCUGCUAGGUCAAAGGAAAGGAAGAUGCGCUACAUAUCUGAGCUUGAACGAAAACUUCAGUCUUUGCAAUCAGAAACAACUACGAUGACUACUCAAUUGGCCCUGUUGCAGAGGGAUACAUCUGGACUUGCGGCUGAAAACAGUGAUCUGAAAUUGCGCUUGCAAACAUUUGAACAACAGGCUAGCUUGCAAGAAUCCCUAAACGAGGCACUGAAAGAUGAACUGCAGCAUCUGAAGGUGUUGACAGGGCAAGGCAUUUCCAAUGGUGGGGGACCAAUGAUGAACUUCGGGGGGUCAUAUUACUCCAACAACCACUCAAUGCAACAGAGCGUUUUAACUUCUCACCAGUUUCAACAGCUUCAGAUUCAAUCUCAGCAGCAGCAGCCACAUCAGAAUCACAUUCAACUGCAGCAGCAUAUGCAACAAUUCCAACAGCAGCAACCAAGUGGUUCUGGGGAAUUGAAGAUAAAAGGUGGUGGUGGUUCUGCUGUGUCAUUGCCUAGCCAGAGGAAUGGUGGUGGUGGAUCAUCAUCCGCAGACAGCAGCAACCAUCAUUCUAUGAAGGAUUGAGGAGAAAAGGAAGGAUCCAUCCAAGGUUUUACUGGUGCAUGUUGAGAGAAUCACCUUCUCACUCUGUUUGUCCAGACUGCCUAGGAUUUAGGCAGUCAAAUCUUUUGUUUUUAAAUUAGGGAGCUUUUGUCUUCUCGGUUGAGCCAUCAUCCAUCGCCGGUGCUUGUCACCAUAUAGUUUUUGUCGUUCUUGUCUGCCCAGACUGUCUAGGAGUUGAUCAGUCGACUUGUAUUAUUAGGUGUAAGGAACUCUAUCGCGACUAUUACAUAGUGCAUAGUUGAGCAAGGUUGGUGUGAGUGCAUUACUCUACUACAUCCUUAUAAUAGUCUUGUAAUAAUAUAUUCGUAUGUUGAGGAAACAGUGGUGAAAUACUUCCCAAGUUUGUUUC